UACUGCUGUAGAAGUUAAAGUCUCUCAUUGUUUCCGACGGAAACAUGGCAAUGACGAUGACUACUGCAAUGGCAUCGCCGUCGAGCCGGCUGCUUAUCGACUCUCGACAUAGUACAAUCAGCACUAUCCCCAAGAAUGUGGCAAUUUACUCAGCAACAGCAGUUACAAAUAAGGGUUUAUUGAAGCACUGUAUAUCCUCGCAAAGAUGCCUAAGAUCUCUGGUGAAACCAGUAUCGGCUGCUAGUUCAGGGUUUGAGGCAGAUUUGGGUGAUGAUGAAUCCUUGAUACGCGUUAAAAAUGCCAAGAUAGCUGUUGAAUCCGAAGACGAUGAGAAGAUACAAGUCAGAGUAGAUGUGAGCGAAGAGGACACAAAAACGGUUUUCGAAAAAGUAUUGACAAAUUUAGCAAAAUCAGCGCCACCUGUUCCAGGCUUCCGCAGGGAAAAAGGAGGGAAAACAUCAAAGGUUCCUAAGGACUUUCUACUGCAGAUACUUGGUGAAGACCGAGUUACCAAUUUUGUAAUACGAGAAAUUGUUACCUCAACUCUUGCUGAUUAUGUGAAGAAGGAGAAUUUGGCAGUAAAGGAUAACAAGAUUAGCACCACACAAACUGCGGAUGAACUCAAGUCAUCAUUUGUUCCGGGAACAGAAUUCGGAUUCAAUGCCACCUUAGAGCUUGAAAAAUCAAAAACUGAAGCCACCACAUAAACCCACAGAAGAAGAUGAGAUUUCUCACUGUUUAAACUCUUAGAAUGACUUGUUAGAAUAGAAUCAUCAGUAAUUCCUGAGGCCAAUAGAUUGAAGGCUCCUAAAAUCUAUUACUGUUUGGCUUACUACUGGUUAGAAUUGAAAUUGAAUUAUGAUUUCAGUUGGCAUUUCAGUUCUCUAUUCAAAUUGAAUUAUGAUUUCAGUUGGUAUUUCUUGGAGCAA